AUGGCAACCUCACCUGCAAAAUACACGUUUCCAAAGAUCUUUAAAAGAUUGGUCAAUCAAAAGGAUAACAAGAUAAGACAUUUUAUUGAACUUCGGGAGUCAAGAGCCUACCGACAGCAAAAGGGCAAUGUACUAGUUCAGGGUCUAAAGACGAUCAAUGAGCUUAAGAAUGAAGGCUUUAGUUUUGAAUCACUUGCUGUAACAGCCACCAAGGAUCCUUACACAGAGUCAGACAUCAAGUACCCCGCACUUCAGGCAAUACAGAAUCCGGAUGCAUUUAGAGCCAAUAAUCUGUACCUUGUGGAUGUUGAUUUGACCCGACGUAUUCUUGGCACUGCUUCACGGCCUGGGCGACAUGAGCUGUUUGCGGAAGUAAAGAUUCCAGAUCAGCCACUGCCAAGCAAAGAGAAUAUUGAUCGGCUGUUGGUGUUUGAUCAUGUCAAUGAUCCUGGGAAUCUUGGUACCUUGGUCAGGACAGCAAAGGGGCUUGGGUGGUCUGCAGGAGUGACUACGACUGGUACGUGCGACAUGUAUAACGACAAGACGAUCCGAUCCUCAAGAGCGUUGUCGUUGAGAUGGCCGUUUAAGCUGGUCGAUAUAAAGGAGUUGGUGAGCUUCUUAAGGUCGUAUGACAUGACGCCUGUGGUAGCAGAUAUGAUGCCUGAGGUUGGAUCCGAAGCAUCAGGAGAUUUGUGGUCUCCGGUAGAGGGAGGGAUUUCGAGCAAACAGAGCAGAACAACAAAAGCGAACCCUACGGGCAAUGUGGGGUUGGGAUCAGGCUUGUGGUUCUGGAAUUUCCGGGGCAAGACUCAAGAGGUACCCAAGCGAGUGGCCCUAAUCCUGAGUUCUGAACACAAAGGAGUUCAGGGGCUGGAUGACGAGUUGCGGGUUUCGAUACCUAUGGCUGGAGGAGUGGAGUCACUUAAUGUUGCGAGUGCAGGUAGCAUGUUGAUGUAUGAAUUCAAUCGAUUGCUGGCUGUCACAGACAAAAGACAAUAA